AGCCGGUAGUGGGGAGGUCUUAGGUGUCUGCGACCACAGUAGUAACCGCUUAAAACGAAAAUGUUAUUCUUUUACAUUUUCGAAUGUUUAUUCUGAGAAUAUAUGGUAUGCUCUGCUCCCCUUAUAAGUAAUAACAAAACUCACUCAUAACAUGAAACUCGCAGCUCCUGUUCUCCCCCUGUCUGCAAGUUGGCUCGCCCGCAGGUCAAGUUUAGCAGACGGAAGACUGGCUGCUUGUGUCAGAUCUGGGUUACAGCCUGAGCGCUUAUAGUAACAUCUAUAGACCUAUACAGCCCUAUAGCUCCAAGCCAUCAUGCAAUCCCUGCGCUGGCUGCCCUUGGAAGCCAAUCCCGAUUUAAUGAACCAGUUUCUCAAACAGUUAGGUGUUGGCUCAAGCUGGCAGUUCGUAGAUGUCUAUGGCUUGGACCCUGAACUUCUUAGCAUGAUCCCCAGACCAGUGUGUGCUGUUUUACUACUCUUCCCAGUGACAGAAAAGUAUGAAACAUUCAGGGCAGAAGAAGAAGAAAAAAUCAAAUCCCAUGGGCAAAAAUUGGAUUCUUCAGUUUACUUCAUGAAACAAACCAUAAGAAACGCCUGUGGUACAAUUGGCCUUAUUCACACAGUAGCAAACAACAGGGAGAAGCUGGAUUUUGAAUGUGACUCUGCUUUAAAGAAGUUUCUUGAAGAGUCUGUUUCCCUGAGUCCAGAAGAAAGAGCCAGAUUCCUAGAAAAAGAUGAGAGUAUACGUGUUACACAUGAGAACACUGCCCAGGAAGGACAGUCUGAGGCACCGAGUUUAGAUGAUAAAGUAGAUUUACACUUCGUUGCAUUUGCUCAUAUAAAAGGACAUCUCUAUGAGCUAGACGGACGCAAACCUUUCCCCGUAAACCACGGACAAACAACCGAAGAAACAAUGUUUGAGGAUGCCAUAGAAGUUUGCAGAAAUUUUAUGCUGCGUGACCCAGAUGAAUUACGGUUUACCGUGAUUGCUUUCUCCAAAGCCUAAUUAGUCUUGAGCUACUGUAUGCCUGAAACUGCACUUUUGGACGUCCCCAUAAAAGCCAAGUGUUAAAAACCUUUUUUUUAUAUACUGACACCAUCACCAUGUGCAAAUUUCAGAGUACUGUACAUUAAUAAAAAUUGUUACUAAGUCUCUGACACCUUGCUGUGUAUUCACUUUGUGACUUGCGGAACUUGUGAGCAAAGUAAGCCAUCUCGGUGGGCUAUUAUCCCACAUGUAAUAAACCAUUUAACAGAC